UUUACGAGUCAGCGAUUCAAGGAUUCAAAUUAUUAUAUCAUCUGCAGCUCCAAAAUGGCCCAUAGAAGUUCUGUUUUACUCUCGAUCUGAAACCCUAGAUUUCAAAAAUCUACACGAAGAUCGGCAUGGGGAACACGGAGAAGCUUUUGAAUCAGAUCAUGGACCUUAAAUUCACGGCGAAGUCGUUGCAGAGGCAGGCAAGGAAGUGUGAGAAAGAAGAGAAGGCGGACAAAUUGAAAGUGAAGAAGGCUAUUGAGAAGGGGAAUAUGGACGGUGCCAGGAUCUACGCUGAGAACGCCAUCCGCAAACGCAACGAGCAGAUGAACUACCUCCGUCUUGCCUCCCGCCUCGACGCCGUUGUUGCCAGGCUCGACACUCAGGCCAAGAUGACCACCAUCAACAAGUCCAUGGGAAGCAUCGUCAAGUCCCUUGAGUCCUCUCUUGGCACCGGUAAUUUGCAGAAGAUGUCGGAAACCAUGGAUCAGUUCGAAAAGCAGUUUGUGAACAUGGAGGUGCAGGCAGAGUUCAUGGAGGGUGCGAUGGCAGGUUCCACCUCGCUGUCGACGCCUGAAGGUGAGGUCAACAGCUUGAUGCAGCAGGUGGCAGAUAACUAUGGAUUGGAGGUGUCCGUCGGGCUGCCGCAGCCAGCUAUGCAUGCCGUGCCUACCCAGUCAGAGGAGAAGGUCGAUGAGGGUGAUUUGUCAAGAAGACUAGCGGAGCUUAAGGCCAGAGGGUAAAAGAUCCUGAAAAGUUUGUAUGUGAGUGUUUCAUCUCAUUACAUAUUAUAUUGGAUUGGCUUAUUACCUAUUGUGUGUAAAUUUGGCUAAAUUGGUACUACGAAUGCUAUUGUUCAUAAUGAGCCACUUCGUUCGAUUCAUAUUUCAGUAAAUGCUUCCUUGCGGCUUGAGUAGUUUCCUCUUUUUUCCCAAUGAUUUUCUCUAAAUUGUCCUAAUUGCUGCUUGUAAUAUAUAUUCUCCGUAAUUUCUGCU